AUGAGGUCUGAUCAGUUUUGGAAUGUAUGUGGAGGAUCACUAUUCCAGGAAGAGUACCGAGGCGACCUGGAUGCUGCCUGGCAGGAACUGCAGCGAAUUCGUCCCGAUCAUUCCGUGGCCGAACCGCAGAUUAAGGCAGAGUACCUCUGUUGUUUCGCGAUUUAUUCCAUCAUCACCGGUAAUUUAGCAGAAGCAUAUCGGACCUUGGAAAAUUUGCAUGCUUUGCUCGACACUCUGCCGGCAGAAUGGGGCUUGCGAUAUACCAUCUACAUGUUGUUGGCGGACUAUACGCGCCAAUACCCGCCAACGCUCCGAUUCUACCACGAGCGAGGAAAACCUGUGAGCAUCGCCAUGCUCAGCGAUAUCUCGGGCCCUAAAGAAAUGAGCGAUAGAUUCAUGGAAAGAGUUCGGACGUAUUUCGCAACCGGCUCAGUUCGCAAUAAGGCUUUAUGUCAGAUUCUACGCGAGGUCAUGUGGUUCCCCAUGCUGGCCAGAAAGCUGAAUGCUGAGCUUGAUCCUCUGUUUCCCGGUGGCCUCUUCCAUAAUACAAGCGCAGAUCCCGAUGAUAUAAUUGCGCAGCAUGCUGCCGGCUUGAUUGAAUGCCGUGAAAGUGCUGAAAAGGCCGGUGAGAUGUGGAUCGCAGCCUAUCUCUCUCGGUUGCUUGUGGAAUUCCGCAUCGCGUCUCAAUCAUCGGACUGGAUGACUGCGCUGAACGAUCUAUAUGAUAUAUAUCACUGUCAAGAAGAUUUUGCGGGAACGGCCAAUUGUCAAAUGAUGAAAGGAGAUGGUCUCCUAGGUCCAUCGUUCACCAGUCCCUUGACAUUGAACUUGGUCCUUGUUGACGCCAGCUCCGCCAUCGGAGAGGACAAUUUAUGGGAUCCUGUUGAACUUGAGCUGAAGGAUCAGUACUCCUCUCAAGUCAAGGAAUGUUAUGAAGCCGCUUUGGAGUUGUUCGGGAGAGCCAACUGUAGGAGAGGUCAAGCAGCGGUUCUGCUACGGCAAGCGUGUUGCCUUCAUAUCGCGGCGCGGCGACUUAAACCAACUGAUUCAAGUCUAUCCACCCUCAUACACGAUGCUCGUGCCAAGCUAGAACAGUCAAAACAGCUCUUUGGGAAAGAUGAAGUCAAUUGCCAGAUUGUAACGGCCCACCAGGUCCUGCUCGAUAUCACCAUCGGAGACAACCGGAAAGUCAAGCGGACCGCAAGGGGCAUCGGAACAUGGGCAGCGCAAGCAAAGAACCAGUCUGUGGGCCACUGCCUUGGACUCCUCAUAUUCCGCUUCGCCCGCCAGGAAUGGUACACGUUCGCCAGAAUGGAUAAUGCCCUCGUGGCAUGGGAAUGCGCCUAUGAGAUCUUCGAGAGUAUUGACGAUGUCCUACCCAUGUUCCAGUCGGUCGUCUCUCGCGCCUGGGUACAAGGAGAAAUGUUCAACCUGGCCGCGCUCAAAAUCUUGGUGGACAAGGCCGUAGAAAUGGUUGACAUAGUUCGUCAGUAUUACGACAUCCUGGCCGAGAGUGCCCCGGAUACCGAUUUGGGAGAGGCAGAUCGAGUCGUCACUCAGGCCAACAAAUUUAAUACCCUUUCGAGCUUUGGGUCAAAGGUAAGUACCAUGUACAUGCGUCUGGGAGAUCCCCAGCUGGCGCACGCGUGGCAGUCGAAGUUUGCAGGAAUAAUGGAGGACGAUGAAAGCUUCCGAGAAAUGAGAGAGCAAAUGGAGAACGGAUUGGAUUUCCAGAGCGUCUCCCCUGCAUUAUCCUGCUCUAAAGCGGGGUUGAAAGGUUUGUGGCAAAGAAGGGUUGUAGAAGAUGCUAUGGCUGCCAGGUUUCGCGACGCGAUGUUCCAAUUUCAAGAAUGGCUUGACAAAGGUGACAUCGUAAGGGCCGAGGCAGUAUACCGUCGCUUCAUGGAUGAGACAGAGAACAUGGAGUCAUCUUAUGCCCGGGAUUGCUAUCGCCUCCUAUUUUGCAGGAGCGUUGGAGAUCAGACUUCGGCGCGGAUGAUCCUCGAUAGCAUGGACGAUAAUGCGCUCUUUCAAGAUAACCUGAAAGAUUAUCAGCAGGGCAUCGGAGUCAAAUCUACCUUUUCAGACGUUGCAGACAACGCGCUUAUGUUUUGUCUGCUGUCCCAGGGCGAGGAGAGGGCCUAUCGCGUUGUUCAAAUCAUCCAGCAAAUCUCACCAACCUUCUAUGAUACAAUGGAUGAUAAUGUCAUUGACCAUUCCUUUCGUCUGAGCUACUAUGGCGCGACCAUGCUGUAUAAUGGUCACUCGCAGGUCGCUCUCCGCCGUUUGCUCGAAGCCCGUCAAUUGAUUGAGCUUCGGCGCCAACAGACUACGGAUGUCGACGCCCGCGUUGGGACAUUCAAUCCAGGAUGGAUGGUGGAGGUAUACCUCAAUCUUGCACGAGCUUGCCUCAAGUGCGCGGAUACAAGGGUAUCAUUAGAAAUGCUGCAAAUGCUUGAUCACGGCCAUCCGGACGACCUGUCGUGGGAGGAACAUGCCCUGCUGUUCCUAGAAGAAAGUAGAGCCCGUGCCGUGCUUGAAGCUCUGAAGACGCAGAUUCCUCAUGACCAAGACGAACAUAAUCCAUCAGCCGCUCUGUCAGAACUGAUGCAGAAACGCAGGCUGCUGAGGACGCUACUUGGUUUGAGGCAACGAACACCUGAGCAAGAAGAGGAGAUCGGGGAGCUUCGGAGUCAGAUCAGCCACGUAGAAGCUGGUCAAGUUUCUGGAACAGCCAGCCCUUUCUUUGAUAUGGCAGAUUCAAUUGUAACACCGAGAUUACUUUACCAAAGCAUCGAUGCAGAUGCAGUGGUGAUAGAAGCAACGUUCGGCUACCAGGGCUUCAUUGCCUUUGCCGUGACCAGCGAUGGAGUUCAGAACAUAUACCAAGAUCGCACUCGCAGCGUCGACAUCCGGAAGCCUGUUAUGCAGAUGAUGAAGGUCUUGACAGAGAUGACUGGAUAUUUGGGGGAUAAAGAGGAGGAGAGGAAGGAGUUGUUCAGUGAAUAUGCGCAGCAAAUCUCCAGGCUCCUGGUCGAACCGUUCAAGAAAACAAUCAGGCAGAAGAAGCAUGUAAUCUUCUCUACCUCUGAUCCGUUGACCGCGUUUCCCUUUUCAGCACUUGUUUUAGAGGGCCAGCCCCUCAUGGCACGCUUCGCAGUGUCACAAAUUCCCGGACUCACGGUCCUGUAUCAUGUUUCUCAACGCGAGUCUCAAUCGGCUGCUCCAACCGUGUCGGUUUUUGCCCGGUCUCCCUCCGCGGAUGCACCCAGUACCAUGAGAGACAAGCAAGAGGCGAAUCUGCACUUGGCGGGGAUUGAAGCGGUGAACAUUGCGAGAACAUUCUCAACGUGGCCAGUUGAUGCAAAGAAUGUGACGCGAGCCGAAUUCCGCAAGUAUGUCGAGGGCAGCUCCUCCAUCCUUCACAUUGGCACUCACGGCGACGUGGACAAUCGCAACCCUCUUCUGUCGUCAAUCUCGAUCGGGGAAGACUUUCGUGUCCUUGACAUGUCCACAAUAAAAACCAACGUCAAUCUUCUCGUCUUUGCGGCAUGCCUAAGCGGUUUGGGUCGAGCGACCACAGGCAGCGACAUACUGGGAUUCUCUCACGUCAUCCUUAGUACCGGCUGUCAGGCGUAUAUCGGGACCCUCCGUAAAGUCAGCGAUUUUGCCUCAAUGCUGCUGAUGACAUUGUUUUAUCGAACGUUGAAAGAAGCACCCUCGAUGCCAUUGGCAUGUAUCCUUCGACGGGUGCAGUUAGAAAUAGGCCAGUUUGACAGUGAGCGCGCGGCAGAUUACCUCGAUCAGUUGAUGCAGACCUCACCUUCAGGCGACGGCGACUCUCGCGGCCCAAAGGACUUUGUGCCAGAUGUGGAGUAUAUGAUCUGGACAACAAAGAUGAUCUUGGAUCAGCUGGAUUGGUCUAGUCCGUUCUUCUGGGCACCAUAUGUGCUUAUGGGAUACGGCAGCUUGCGGUUUGCGACGCAAUAA